AUGCGCCGCUGCGGCGGCCCUGAGCGGGAAAUCCCCCCCGGAAGCACCUACUCUCCAGUCGGGGGGGGGGGGAGAGCCGUUCACGGCGCGCGGGCCCCCGAGAACAACACACUGACACAAACACACGUCGCUCUCGCCCGUCGUUCAGGCGCCUCACACCCCCGCGGCCUUCCUCCUCCUCCUCCUCCUCCUCCUCUCCCCCCAUCACCGUCCGCGGAAGCCGGCGCCGACCACCCUCAACCCGGCCAGGAAGGAGCCCAGGCCGCUCCCCGAAGGCGGUUGUCCAGGCCAACGCGUGGGGGGGGGGGGAAUGGCGGAUUUUGUUUUCUUGAGGGGGGUCGCGCGCGUUUCCUGUCACGGAAGGGCCCCCCCCCGGGCAGAGGCCUAGGAGAUACCGGAGGCGGCUGCUCGCCAUCCCGUCACCCGCUCCCACAGUACAGACGCCCCUCACAAACCUGCGCCACCCUCUCCCCUCCCGCGUCGCCUUCCUCCCCUCAGGAUCCUCCGGGGCGAAAAGGAAAGCGGAAGGAGGUGAGGGGGGGGGGAGGUGGAUGGGGGAGGGAAAGGGGCCCGGGGCGGAGGGACACACAGGGCGGCUGCGCACGCGCGGGAGGCCUUACCUCGCUCUCCGCCCGCCCGCCCGCCUGCUUGCCCGCCCCGACGUCCGUUGAAAGGAGCGCAGCGCGCGCGGGCGCACCCUCUCGGCGUUCGAGCCCGCCCUCCGGCGCAUGCUCGGAGGGAGGGGAGCACGACGCGGGCGGGGGAGAGAGAGAGAGAAAUGGCAAGGAGGCGGAGCUUGGGUGUGUGGGUGGGAAAUGUUUUCGCGCAUGGGCAGGGCCGCCUCCGCCCGGCGCGGCCUUUCUCCCUUCGUGCGCGCGCGCAGCUCGCUCCACCCUACCGCCGCCGCUUCUCGGGGAAAGAGGCUCCUUCCCAGAAUGCAGCGCGCUGUUUGCAGCGCGCCUUCGGGCGCCUGGCGGAAGAGGCUGUUCCCUGCUUUGCGCCCCCUGGCGGCCGGCUGAUGUAACUGCAGCCGCCUGGUGCCACCUGGAAGGCGCAAGAAAUGCUUGUGAGAGUCGCCCUUGGGGAAUAACUAAGGAAGCAUCUUUCCUGCCCUCAGGAACACAAACGACGGUUUUGAAACCGUAUUCUACAUGUACGCAGGACACCGGGGAGGUGUCCCCAGCUACCCAUAUGCAAACAGUUAUAAACCACAAACCUAAUGUGCAUUAUUUACAUUCUAUAUGCAGGGAAUGUUUCUAUGGGGCUUGCCAGCAGACCAUAAAUUUACACAGUGGUUUUUUCCCCUGGGGGGACGCAGGGUACGCAUAGCCCUAAACCCUUGUACUUAUGGGACCACCUCUCCUGGUAUGUCCUGCAGAGGACCCUAAGGUCCAUGAAUAAUAGCUUAGAGAUCCCAGGCACUAAGGAAGCCAGGCUAUCCUCCACCAGGGCCAGGGCUUUUUCAGUGAUGGCUCCAACCUGGUGGAAUGCUCUGUCCCACGAGACUAGGGCCCUGCAGGAUUUGAUCUCCUUCCUCGGGGCCUGUAACACAGAGGUAUUCCACCUGGCCUUCAAUCUGAAUUAGCCUGAUCCUCUAUUCCCUUUCCUCUUCUAUGAAGAAACCCUUUCUGGGACCCCACAUUUAAAUUCUUCCCUGGUCUCCUUGCUGGCCCUAGUAGGACCAACUUGGCCAGUUAACCCUGGUGAUCAUUUGAUGUCUACUGACUGGGUCCCCCCCCCAAAAAAAAUGACCCCUGAAUUUUUGAAUUUUAUUGAUAUUGAUGCAGCAUUUUAUGUUGUAUAUUAUGCUGUUUUAUGCUGUUUUUAAGUCGCAUUUUAAUCAAUGUUUUAUAUUUGCUGUUAGCCGCCCUGAGCCCGAUUUUUAAACUGGGAAGGGCGGGGUAUAAAUAAAAAUUUAUUAUUAUUAUUAAACAUUUUGUGAAUCUAAGUUUAGCCUCAUUGAGGGGCAGUAUUUCAAUAUGAGUAGGAAAAUGAGAGUACCCCUAGGCAUUUUUUCAGGGGGGAAAGCACUGAAUUUACAUAUGUAUUUUCUCCUACUCUGAAGUAAGCCCCAUCCAUUCAAAGUGUCUUCCUCUCUGAGGUAAGUAGCCAGAGGAUUACAGCCCUGGCCAGUUAUUUUACCUUCUUAGCUGACUGCAGGUACCGGUGGAAGGCUAUGCUCCAGAAAACUCCCCAUGUUAACCACGUUUGCUGCUGCUUCCUGUUUGUGCAUUGCCAUAAUUCACACCGGCACAAUAAUGUGUCCCACCUUGGGACAGUGAGCAGCAAAUUGUGUGGAACAAGUGCACGUGCAUCAUGCUUUGAAUGCAUUCCAUGCACGCUGCUGUGCCACUGAGAUACAUUUUGCAUCUCUCUCUUGAGAGCUCUCUUGAGAGCCAGUGUGGUGUAGUCUUGUAAUCUGGGGAACCGGGUUCGCGUCUCCGCUCCUCCACAUGCAGCUGCUGGGUGACCUUGGGCCAGUCACACUUCUUUGAAGUCUCUCAGCCCCACUCACCUCACAGAGUGUUUGUUGUGGGAGAGGAAGGGAAAGGAGAUUGUUAGCCGCUUUGAGACUCCUUUGGGUAGUGAUAAAGCGGGAUAUCAAAUCCAAACUCUUCUUCUUCUUGUCCUUAAGGGGAAAGAAACAGGCCAUUUUGGAGGUGGUAUUGAGCCAGACUGCAGGAUGUGUUUCAGUCUCUCUGUUGCCUACAUGGAACCUUGCAUUCUGUUAAGUCAGUAUUUACCCUAUUUUACCCUAUGCUCUCUCAGCAGAUGAGAGCUAGUGAAACAAUCAGCAUCUUAGGCAGGCAGACUGAAUUGGAGGCAAGGUGUAGGACACCAGAUCCCCAAUAGCAGAGUGAGCAUCCUUUCCAUGAAGGAAAGUCUGUACGUGCACAGGGGAGCUUUCGACACUAGGUCAUUGAAACUUCAUUUUUCCCCCAGGGGGGCUUUGCACAUGCUCAGAGGCACUCAGUCCAAAGUGGUAGGACUUUUUAGGGUGAAUGGGGUCAGGCAUUCUGUUGGAAAGCUGCCUUAAUGGCCCUAGCAGGGGGGGCAAAUACAGUGGUACCUCAGGUUAAGUACUUAAUUAGUUCCGGAGGUCCGUACUUAACCUGAAACUGUUCUUAACCUGAAGCACCAUUUUAGCUAAUGGGGCCUCCCGCUGCUGCCGCACCGCUGGAGCACGAUUUCUGUUCUCAUUCUGAAGCAAAGUUCUUAACCUGAAGCACAAUUUCUGGGUUAGCGGAGUCUGUAACCUGAAGCGUAUGUAACCCGAGAUACCACUGUAUAUCCCACAAUCUUUUCUUGCCAUUUACUUGCAACUGUAACUUCGUUAGGUAAGGGGUCCCAGACUGGUUCUGUUAGCCUGAGCCUAUGCAGAGUAAGGGAGACAUGAGAGUGAGUUUACUGGAUGCAGAGUGGCACUAAGUAUUUGCAGGAUCAAAGUGCACAUGAAAUGCAGUGGUCACUGGCCUUACUGUGUCUCUACCUUGUUAAUAAGCCUGAACUUUAUAGGUUGAGGGGCGGUGAAUGCAUGCAGCCAUAUCUUAUGCAAAGUAAAGUGUGCAUCAGCCCAUUGAAAUUAAUCAACUUAGAUGCACUCAAAUUUGCACGGGACCAGACUGUUAGCUGUAAGUCUCCUGUUGCUUUAAAGAAAAGGCCUCAAUUAGCUACAGGUGUGGUGUGCUGAGGAAUGGCUUGUGCUUAAGAAAGAGGAGAGAGGUGUUAGCAAUUAGUUCUUUGCUGGGCUGUGCUUGGUUGCAGCAGCAGCAUGGAUACCUGGUUUGGGGCCAAAUACAGCAAGGGCAGGAAUGACUUGGCUUCGUAGAGCUUGCAUUUAAGGAGUAAAAAGCAAUUGGAAGGUGGGGAUUCUUGGUUUAUAGAAAGGUGUAGAAAGAUGGUGAGAGCUUUAGUGGAGGCCUGGAAGAGGCUGGCCUGUUGUUGAAAGAAUUCUCUGUCUUGUUGGACUGUCUGGGUUUCAGAAGAGGUUUGUAGGCUUUUUGUUACCUUUGAAUAAGUAUAUUUCUCUUCCUGUCUUGCUUUUUAUAUGUUUAUAAACUUACAGCCCCUUUCUAAAAAUACAAAACUAGUUUGAGCGAGGUAUCCUGGAUAAGUUAUCAUGUGGGCAUUUACUGCUAAAGUUUUGUGUAUGUGUUAAAUCCUAGAAAUAAUGUUGACAACAGCAGUAAUGAUACUUGAGGGGUAAUGGGAGGUUUAGUGUCUUUGCCUAGAAGGAAAGAAGAGAACUUUGUAAUGAAUCGAGAUGGGUGUGUUCACUGUAAUAGUCUUCUGCCAUUUCUGAUUAGUCAUUAAGCAAGCUGAGUCAACAUUGUGCCCUGUAUACUUUGAAAUUGGUCCUACUGAAAUUUUGAAAUUGACGGGAAUCAGUUCUGAGUAAGCUUGCACAGGAGUGAGCUAUAAUGUAUCUGUGCGAUGUGAAAUGUAUUCUUUCAAAGUUAUAUGCAUUUUCCAUUUCUAGUAUUGGAUUUAAGCAGUGGCCAUAGUCUCUACUAAUACUUAUGGUUUCUCUACAACAGUUUGCACAAAAUGGUCAGGGUUGUGUGGAAAAGGUGAUUAUUAAAGUAGGAGAAAGAGUAUUUGCUUGAAUGUUUGUGUGACCAGAUAGAGCACUUACGGCAUAAGAUUCACAGAGAGCAAUGAGGCUUAAGGACAUGGUUUCACAAAAAACUGUUUGGAGGACUUUUCCAAUAAUAAAUGAUAGAGUUCUCUGAACAUUGCAGGGAUCAGUCAGGCUGAAGUUGUUUUUAUCCUAAAUGCAAGAAUGGCUUUAAGGUCACAAGGGAGCCUAGUGAAUGGUCAAUACCCACCUGUCCCAUAAAGCCCCCUUAAGGCUCUCUACUUUAAGGGGGCUUUGUCCAAAAAUGUGGGGGGAAAGAACAGGGGAAUGAUAGCUAGAUGAAUGGGUAUCAAGCCCAUGCUCCCCCCCCAGCCUUACUUGCCACUUUCCCUCUGCUUCCCUUUAAUUUUAUUCAUUCAUUCAUACGUACAUACAUACAUACAUACAUACCCCACCCAUUUGGCUGGGUUUCCCCAGCCAUUUACACUGCAUACAGGCAGCCGGUUGCACUGCAGAACAGAGUGCUGGUGGGACCCCAGCCACCCAUCAACUUAAGUUCUCCAGAUAACAUAGAAAUUAGCAUUUGUUUCCUGUUCCCUGAGCCCUGCCAGAGUCCUUUAAAUGCGUAACAGAACCACCAUUCCAUGGGGAGUGUUGAAUCUGUUUCAUCCCCAGAAAACCCAGGCCAUCCACAAACUUAACGAAGGUGGUAUGUGUGUUUUUGUCAGUGUGUGUGUUUUUUAAAGUGCUGCUUUUUUGUUUUCCAGCCUACAAAAUGAAAGCUUCCUCGGAAAACGGACCCUAUUCCACAAACCAAAGGCCCUUUUUUUACGCACAACCGACGGCACAGCAACCCUUCCCUAAUCCAUGGUUCCUUGGCCCAAUGUACAACCCGUACGGCAUCCCUACAGCAGGUAAGGCUGAGGAAGAGGUACAGGUUGGGCCACGGAUGAAAUAAGAAUGGAAUCCAUUAUAUAGCAUUGGUCUUGCAGUUCAUAUUCAGGUUUGGAUUUAAUGUUGGUAUUUCCCAGUUCAGCCUUGGCCAACCUGGUGCUCUGCUGGUCAGAACUGAAUAGCGUUGUCCAAACCACCUGGAGGGCAUCAAGUUGGCGAAGGCAGUUCUAGUUUGUUUAAUCUGUGAUAUAAUAGAGAAUUCUACAGAGGCCUUCAUGAUUGCAGCAAUUACAACUGUGGUUUUGCCAUGUUGGGGUGCUCUCUUCCUCUUGGUUAACCGCUUACACCAGAGGAAUCGCAAUGGGUAAAGCUUUCAGUAACAAGCAAUAGUGAUGGAAAACACUUCACCUACUGAACUUCUGCAUGCUGUCCUGUAAGAAGAAGAAAAAGAAAACCCUAAAGCAAAUUUUAUCAUAGCCGUUAUUUUAAUACUUCAUUACUCAAGUUGCUUUAUUUCAAUAAACUUUAUUUCACUUUUGCUUUGAACCUAUCUGGCAACAGUGUGAGGCUCCAACCUAGGGAAUGCCGCCCCUGACCCUAAAAAGGUUGACCCCUUGGCAGGGGGUGGAGGAAUAAGAGAGCACCCCUGAGCUAAAGGAUCCCCUUCAGAGCUAGACAUUUGAACAGACCAGAUUUCCUCAACCUCGGCCCUCCAGAUGUUUUGAGACUACAAUUCCCAUCAUCCCUGACCACUGGUCCUGCUAGCUAGGGAUCAUGGGAGUUGUAGGCCCAAAACAUCUGGAGGGCCGAGGUUGAGGAAGCCUGGAACAGAUGAUAAGAAGCUUACUCCAGGUGAACUAGAGAAAUCAAAUGGUGGUCUCUUCACCAUCUCAUUUGUCUAUCCAGAGCCAACAAACAAUUGGUGUAAAUAAAUACCCACAAGCUCUUUAAAUUGGGAACAUGCCCAAGAUUAAUGGUUGCCUCAGUGGGAGAGAAGCUAGCCCCUUGCCCUAUGUUCUCUAGGCAACUCCAAUCCCCCAAAAGGCUAAACCUGAAAAGUGUAUGACUAUUCAGUUUGUAACCUGAAGGAGCAUCUCCACCUCCAUCGUUCUGCCUGGACACUGAGGUCCAGCUCCGAGGGCCUUCUGGUGGUUCCCUCGCUGCAAGAAGCCAAGUUACAGGGAACCAGGCAGAGGGCCUUCUCGGUAGUGGCACCUGCCCUGUGGAACGCCCUCCCAUCAGAUGUCAAAGAGAAAAACAACUACCAAACUUUUAGAAGACAUCUGAAGGCAGCCCUGUUUAGGGAAGCUUUUAAUGUUUAACAGGUUAUUGUAUUUUAGUGUUUUGUUGGAAGCUGCCCAGAGUGGCUGGGGAAACCCAGCUAGAUGGGCAGGGUAUAAAUAAUAAAUUAUUAUUAUUAUUAUUAUUAUUAUAGCUCAGCAGAGUGAUCCAAUCCACUGAAGGUGUUGGGUCAUCCCCAAAUGCCCCUCAGCGCCCCAGAAUGGCUGUGAUGCAAAUGCAGUUGUGUAAAUAUAGGACAGGACAGGGCUUCCUUCCAGACCAUGCUGGUCUGUUGUCUGCUGCUGUUUACCCCUCACAGCCAGGCAUUUAUCAAGUUUUGAGUGCUGCCCCUUUGGCAGCUGACGUCUGCAAAGUCCCCAGGGGGUGGGGGGAAGUGGGGCAGAGCACAUGGGACACUUCACCCCAGAUGGUUCCAAAAUACAGGGCUCUUCCCUGCAUAAUGCGGUUGCUUGUGCUACCCUGUUCUUGAUUCCCCCAACUGCUGUAUUCAGUGCAUAUUGCGGCAGAAAUCAAGAACACCAAUUUCUUUACAUGAUGCCAAGAAGGAACGGAAGCAACCCGAAGAGGUUGCUUUGGUAAUGAUAGAUGCAACCUUCUUUCAUCCUUGAACAUCACAGAGGGAUUUCAAUUAACUUUUGCUGAUCAAAAGUAGGUCUUGUUAAAGGUCUGAAUGUCUUCUAUGAAGUAAUGAAUCUUAAGAUUGUUUUGGCAAAACUUAGAUUGGUAGAAAAUGCAUGUUUCUGUUCUUCUUAGGCUUAAGAAGUGGGAGCCCAUAUUUCCCCUUUUACUCUGUUCCUGUUCAAGAGUAUCCCGGAUAUCUUAUUCCACAGCAUCCCAUGCAGAUGAGAGUUAACAGGAGACCCUAUUUCAAUGGUCCUCCGCCCUCAUCACCCAUGUUUUUCCAAGCCACACGCUUCAGGCACUAUAAUCCCGGGAAGCGAACAGAGACCAAAGAAACUCAGACUGACCCUAGGCAGGCUGAAAGCAAACCGAAAAAACAUCAGGAUCAUGGUAUAGAAGUGAGAGACUGUGAAAUGGGGAACAUGGCCUGUGUCUCAUCUGGUGUUGGUAAAGAUGCUGAUAUCGCUUUGGAAAAGCCAGAGAGGGCUGUAUCUCCUCUGAUUGCAGAGAGAGACUUUGCCAAGGGCUCUGCAGGUUCUUUACAGUUCCGAAGCCUUCCCCCAUCAGGUUACGCUUUUGAGAAAGAGGAAGUGAGAAUAGAGUAUGGGAACAGUGGUGGUCCCGCCAUUCAACUAUGGAAGUCCUUCAAAGAAACAAUUCCUCUUUAUGAUGUGGUGAAGAAACCAGUGCCGGAGAACGUAAUGCAAAGGGAUAUGUUUGCUAUGAGUUCCUGCGAAGGCGUUGCAUAUGGGCCUCGUGAACAGACUGAGUUGGUGCCGAGCAUUUCUUACCCAGAGGAGCAAGAGGCUGUUGAAGAUGUGCAAGAGACAGAGCCUCAAUAUAAAUCGAAGCUGGAUUUGGAAAAACAAGGAGCUACUACUCAUGGGCCAAAGUCUCCUCUAGACGAAGCCAGAACAGUGCAGCUGGCUGAACAGAACAGACCUGACCAGUUAGGUGCGAGGCAAGAGGCUUUGAUGUCGAAAAGAUCUGGCUUGAAGAGGUUCGGUGGUUCCAGAACUCCUCACGAUGUGUCCAACCUUGUUCGGCAAAGGGAACUGUUUCCAUCUGGCAUGGAGAUCAUGAAUGAUUCAUAUUUCCCUCGCAAGUUGAAUGAACACAAUGAUGUGAGUGAGGAACACGUGCCAACUUCAGAAAAAAGCAUGUGGUGUGACGAGUCAGAGAAAUAUAUUCCUUCUGAGGGCUGGUUAGCUUGCUUAAACAGCAUGGAUUCCAACUCAAAUUACAAUCCGCAUUUCUCCCGAAGGAAACGUCCGAGUGUACUUAGCUUUACCUCGGAUGAGAUGUCUUCUGGAGAUGAAGACUCGUCGAUGGACGAUGCACCACUGUCAUAUUUUGCUUCUGACUACAUGCUUCAGAAUAUGUAUACCUUUAAGAAAAGCGUCGAAGGCUUGGAGAUAGAUAAAAUAAAAAGUGGAGGCUCCCUCAAUGAAGAUGAGGAAGUGGUGGGGAUGGAACAGGCCAAUACCAGCUGCAGCCAGAACCUGAAGGGCAGUUCAUGGGUCAAGAUCAAAGAGGUUUCCAGUCCAAGUGGCAAGCUGGGUGUUCUCCCCAGGACUUCCAGUAAAAGGCAUCUCCAGUCUCUCAAGAAGAAAGCUACUAAGAGUUUGUCUCCAUCAGAAGCAGAUGAGUCUGAAGAAUACUGGGUAAAGGAACCAGAAGAAGAGGAGGAAGAGGAGGAGGAGGAGGACAACGACGACUACUUGAAUCAAAGAGGCUCCAGAAGAACCUUGACCCCCACCAAAAGUUGCCCUUACAGGCAGACUGGCCAGCAAGUGAUCUGGAGAGUACCGAAAAAUGCUGUGCCAGCACACCUCCUUAGUUGGCCUGUGCAAGAUAAAAUGAAAACGGCAACUAAACUGAAGAAGGACCAAGAACAAGUUGAGGAUCUCUUUGGCGACUACAGCUUCUGGCUUCAGAGGCCUACGUCCCAGCAACUAGAAGUGCUUGAGGCACGAAGAAAUUCACAAAAGAGUUCAGGUAAAUAGCAAACACACAAGUGGCAUUCCUGCAUGUUGGGACAUGCAGUAUUCAUUUUCUCACACACAGUGGGCCUUGCCAGUUGGAAGGGGGGCAGGAACUGAAGCUUUAAAGUACCUUUUAAUAGACUGGUGUAUGUGGGAUCCACAUUCUUCUUGUCCCAAUGUAUAUUCAGUACGUUUAUACAUACUGUAUUUUUUGCUCUAUAAGACUCACUUUUUCCCUCCUAAAAAGUAAGGGGAAAUGUGUGUGCGUCUUAUGGAGCGAAUGCAGGCUGCACAACUAUCCCAGAAGCCAGAACAGGAAGAGGGGUCGCUGCUUUCACUGCGCAGCAAUCCCUCUUGCUGUUCUGGCUUCUGAGAUUCAGAAUAUUUUUUUUCUUGUUUUCCUCCUCCAAAAACUAGGUGCGUCUUAUGGUCUGGUGCGUCUUAUAGAGCGAAAAAUACGGGACAUGUAUGUAUCUCUCUCUCUGUCACUCACUCAGAUACAUACAUACAUACAUACAUACAUACAUACAAACAAACUGAUAUGCCUCUUUAGGUGUUUGGAAGAAUUUAUCACUACUUAAUAAGGAUUUAAUCAGGUUUUAAUAAAUGUAAUCCAAAACUUAAUAUGAAAUCCGCAAACAGUGCACAUAAAAUUAGAAAGUCUUUCUGAUGCAAUCUAUUCUUGUAACAGCUUUACUAAAAGUCAGGCUAGACUGAAUGCCUUAUCAAAAACUAACUUGAAAGGGGCUCCAGUCCUGAUUUAUAGUCAGUUGUGGCCUGGAUCCUGACUGCUAUUGCUACAGAUUUUUGUACAUGUGGUUGUGAUCCUGCUCUGCAGUUAAAUCAGUGCAUCAAGUGGGUGGGGGAAAACAGUAAGAUGGUGGUACUUGAUGGUUGAAAUGUCUCGGCCCAGAACCCAAGAAAACUGGGUGUCGGUGGUAGAGUUCAGUUCAAUAAGGCUUUCUGGAUUAAAUGAUCUUGAAGGCUUGUUGGGAGGGGGGCGCUGGCAAGGGGGGUGGAGAGCAUUAAGGCUAGUAACAGCAGGAAACACAAUGACUGACUUGGAUUCUUCUUCCUUAUCUUGCCCAGGAAGGCUACAAAAGGAAAGUGGGAGGACUGCAUCUGCUGAAUACUGGGUGAAAAGUGGAGCUAGGCCCAAAUUUGCUAGCCUCGUACAUGGUGACCACUUCCCCGUAAUCAGAAGCAGAGAGAGAGGUAUGGCAGUCUAUAUAAAUGUUUUAAGAAAGUGCACCUGUUAAAUGUAAGGCACAAAGCACUUUCUUCUGUCCUGGUAGCAAUUCAUCUAAACUUGGUUGUUAUCUCUGUUACGGCCCAAAGGAGGGGAGAACACAUUGUCAACACAACAGCUUGAAUGCACACAUAAAGCAAGUAUAGGCAAAGCUGGAUUUGGCACAGAUAAGGUAGACGCGGUAUGCAGCUGCAGUUCAUCACAGGGCUCAAGUCAGUGUAUCUAAUACAACACACGUAUUUGCAAAUAUGCAGUAUGAUGCACAUGACUCCCCUGGUCCUGAAUGGGGUAACUGUGCCCCUGAAGGACCAGGUGUGCAGCCUGGGAGUCAUUCUGGACUCACAGCUGUCCAUGGAGGCGCAGGUCAAUACUGUGUCCAGGACAGCUGUUUAUCAGCUUCAUCUGGUACGCAGGCUGAGACCCUACCUGCCUGCAGACUGUCUCACCAGAGUGGUGCAUGCUCUAGUUAUCCUUCACUUGGACUACUGCAAUGUGCUCUAUGUGGGGCUACCUUUGAAGGUGACCCGGAAACUACAACUAAUCCAGAAUGUGGCAGCUAGACUGGUGACUGGGAGCGGCCGCCGAGACCAUAUAACACCGGUCUUGAACGACCUACACUGGCUCCCAGUAUGUUUCCGAGCACAAUUCAAAGUAUUGGUGCUGACCUUUAAAGCCCUAAACGGCCUCGGUCCAGUAUACCUGAAGGAGCGUCUCCACCCCCAUCUUUGUGCCCGGACACUGAGGUCCAACUCUGAGGGCCUUCUGGUGGUUCCCUCACUGUGAGAAGCCAAGUUACAGGGAACCAGGCAGAGGGCCUUCUCGGUAGUGGCACCCGCCCUGUGGAACGCCCUCCCAUCAGAUGUCAAAGAGAACAACAACUACCAGACUUUUAGAAGACAUCUGAAGGCAGCCCUGUUUAGGGAAGCUUUUAAUGUUUAACAAGUUAUUGUAUUUUGAUGUUCUGUUGGAAGCUGCCCAGAGUGGCUGGGGAAAUCCUACCUGAUGGGUGGGGUAUACAUAAUUAUUAUUAUUAUUAUUACGCUUAAUUUUCAUUGACCUUUUAAUGUAUCCUGAGGGCCAAUCUACACAAGGCAAGAGUUCAUAGAGUUGUAGAGUUGGAAGGGACACCCAAGGCUCACCUAGUCCAGCCCCCUUCCAAUGCAGUAAUCUCAGCUAGAGCAUUCAUGACAGAUGGCUCUCCAACCGCUGCUUAAAAACCUUCAAGGAAGGAGAGUCCACAACCUCCCAAGGGAUACCAUCCCACUGUGAAACAGCUCUUACUGUCAGAAAAUUCUUCCUGAUGUUUAGUCAUAAUCUCUUGUAACUUGAAGCCAUUGGUUCGAGUCCUACCCUCCAGAGCAGGAGAGAAAGUUGCCCGUGUUGCUACAAUUGAGUUUAAUCCACACCAUUCUCCAUAGCUGUCCAUGAAAGUAUUAACAGUAUAAGCCCAGCUUAUCAGUCAUUCAAGUUAGUUGGGAGAGAGGGGGAUGCAUCUUAAUUCAUCAGUGGAGGGAAUAAACAGCUCUCUGGUCUAAACUGGGUUAAUAAAACUGGUAUAAUUUAAAGCGUUUUCAUAUUCCCUUCAACCAAACAGCAGAUGAUAAAUCUGUGAUAAGACUUCAUAGAAAAGGGAGAGGGGUUGGGAGGGAGAAAGGGGUCACGGGAGCAAACUCUGGUAUAUUUUGGAUGAAGAAAUAUUUUUUCCCUUUUUCUUCAGGUGACUUGCUUCUAGGCAUGCCAAAGAGAAAAGCACGGAAGCCUCCACAUAAGCGUAGAGACACAAGACAUGACAUAGAAGUUGAAGAAUGGGAGAAGCCCAAAGCCACCCAACACAAGGGUAGGUUUAUUAAGUCUAACCUAAGACUUAGUCCGGGUGGCACUGUGAGUUAAACCACAGAGCCUAGGACUUGACGAUCAGAAGGUUGGCGGUUCGAAUCCCCGCGACGGGGUGAGCUCCCAUUGCUCGGUCCCUGCUUCUGCCAACCUAGAAGUUCGAAAGCACGUCAAAGUGCAAGUUGAUAAAUAGGUACUGCUCCGGUGGGAAGGUAAACAGCGUUUCCGUGCGCUGCUCUGGUUAACCAGAAGCGGCUUAGUCAUGCUGGCCACAUGACCCGGAAGCUGUACGCCGGCUCCCUCGGCCAAUGAAGCAAGAUGAGCGCCGCAACCACAACUGGACCUAAUGGUCAGGGGUCCCUUUACCUUUACUUUAAGACUUAGUCCAGUGGUUUCAGAGUGUAGGUGCCAGAAUAGAUUCUCAGAAGAAAUUGCUGGUCAGUAGAACUGGAAAACUUAGUAUGAGAACUUCACUGUGAAUCUGUGCAUGGGACGCUCCUAGGAAGUCGGAUUUGAAACAUGGUCUGGGGAAAUAUGAAAGUGCACAUGAAUCUGAAUCUUCAGGUGUUUUUCUAUAGUGAUUUGGCUUAUCUCUGAUGAUAAGAGAGGCCACAGACACUUUCUGAGUUGCAAAUACAAGCCAUUUGAUGUUAUAAUCUCUACAGCAUGGAUAUCUGAAAUACCAGCCCUGCUUUGUAGGAUGUAGAAGAGAUGAGCAACCUGAUUUCAGGUGUUGGCUAAGGUGACUUUGUAUACUCAGCUUGCUAUAGCUUUGCCUGUAUUCUGACUCAUCAAGCUGGAAAAGUAUUUUGUGCAUUGGGAAGGGCCCAUCGCCUUGCAUGCAAAAGAUACCUUGUUCAAUCCUUAGCACCUCCAGGUAGGGCAGGGAGUAUUCUCUGCCCGAAAUCCUGCACAGCUGCUGCCAGUUAGAUGGACCAAAUCAGUCAUGACAUGGUAUAAGGCAGCUUCUCGUGCAAACUCACCUUAUUUUUGCUGCAUUUUGCCCUGUUGCCUGUUAAAUUGCACCUAUUGCACAGAGAGUUUGUAGCUGCAAAAAUGAGUGAGAUGCAAGUUUCUGUUGUGCCACGAUACUGGCUGUCUUGUGGGGCUUUGCACUGAGUUAACACUUAAGACUUGGGGACAAGUCAAACAUUUAGAAAGUGUGUGGAACACACAGGUGAGCUCUUGAGAACAGAUUUUUUUUUUUAGGAGUCCUGCGAGCUUCCCCCAAACAGGUAUUGUUUUCUCAUCACUCCUGCACAUGACCCACGUUUAGGCUCUGCCUCAUCUAAGGUUUGCAGGUGAAUCUCGGACAACUCCUUUAGUAGGUCAGUGUCCAUCAAAAUGUGAUUGGAUAAAAAGAGAGCCUGCAGCAGAGUCUCCUUAAUAAUUAACCUCCUUUAAUAUCAUUUGUGCAGGACGUGGAACAAGGAGAUCUCUCUAUAAAAGAAGAUAAUCGUAACUGAACUGUAAACCCCAGAUAUCAUUCAGAUGAGUCCUAUUUAACGGUUGCAAGUGGCUCGGCAAGAUUAAAGUUGCACUAUAAAGGUUUCUGAGCACACAUCUGACAAAAUGUAUAAAAAAAUGAACACCAAAACAAAGGCACUUGGUUUUGUAAAUAACACAACUGACAUUUAACCAAAAUAAAAGUUUAAAAUUGCACUAAUGGGAUGUCUUCGGAAUAUUAAUUGUAGCGCCUCAAACAUUUACUUGAAAUGGCAAACUUUGAAGCAAGUAAGUUUUCUGUUUGGAAACUGCAACUUAGUUUGAGAAACUUUCAUUAAGGGUUGAAUGAAGUUCCAUUUUCAGAAGAACUCUGUUGGAUGUUAUUCACUCGCUCAAGCAUUGUGAAAUCCAGGGACAGCAAGAGUUGCUUCAAUUUUUGUGGCCCAAACGCUCCUGUUGCCCUCUCAUUGUUA